AUGAACAGAGACUCAACAUCCACGCAAAAAACUUCGACAAUUGACCCAAAAUCACUCGCCCGCACCAAAGAAGGCUUUCCGCGUCGCAAUAUUGAUUACGUUGUCGCACUGAAAUCAGAUGAAAUCACCAAGCAAGCCUGGAAGACGCUUGAACCGCUCUCUCUAGAUGGCAGGAAAACCGUCAAAUCCUGGAACCACGUAACAAGAGCGGAUGUACUCCGCACCGAACCGAUCGCUAUCAACAUAGAGACCAAAGGCCCCUACAAGUCAUGGACAGAUGGCAAGCCGCAGGUUGCAAUAUGGACUGAUGCGUGGCUGAACCGUCUGGAGCGUCUGCCCCGCGCGCAAGAAAAGAGUGAGCCGUGGCCGGCGAUCCCGCUCCUGAUAGCUCAAGGGCAUGACUGGCACCUGCUGGUCCUAUCUAGAGAUGGUGAGAAGACGAUCAUCUGGGACAAGAUUGCUGUGGGAAGUACAAGGUCGUGUUUUGAUGCUAUGAAGCUAGUGGCGGUUUUGCACUGGUGCAUGGAUUGGGCGGAGACAGUGUGGCGACCAUGGUUCUUGUCGUUGAUAUAA